ACUCGACCGACGCGGACUGCCGCGCCGCGCGUUGAGGCCAAUGUUUGUGCCGUUAAGCUCUGGGGAGGAGACCUUCUUGAGACAAGAGGAAGCUCAACGACGGCGGAAGCAGAGACUUAUCGAGGUGCGUCGACAGGAAAAGCGCAUUGCACAGGAGCGCGCGCAAUGGUACAAGGUCCAGCUCAAAGAAACACUCGGCAAGAAACGCGCAGAACAAUUGCAAGUGGCCGAGGCUGAGAAGGCCGUUAAGUUGUCGCUGCUGCAUGCCAAGUACAAAGCUUCCAUGGACGCAAUUGGCGAUGCACAUGCGAUGGCUGCCGAGUUCAAUGCGAACCUCCAGAUGCGCGCGAAGCGACAGCUUGAAGCUCUUGAGUACAACGACAGCGUAAAAGACCAGCGGUACAAAUCGGCUGUGGACGAUGCGCUUGAAGAAGCACGUCGGCGCGAGGCACGGGAACGAGUUGCGCGGGAAAACAUGGCGAAAAUCCAGGAGAUUGCUUCCCGACAGCGCGUGCACGCCGAGCGGGAGCACCGCCGUAAGGUCGAACGGGACGAACGGCAACGACAACAACGAGACGCGAUGGCGUCCGCGGUUGAAGAGCGCCUCGAGCACACGAUCGUUAAUGCAGCCCGACCGCAUGCAGUCCAUCUCCACGAGUCCGUCCUGCGCCAUUCCCGCCUCCAUGCAAUGACUCAUACGACGACAGCAUCUGUAAAGACAAGUAGAAUCUUACGGCACAAUAUCAAGCACCCCGCAGCGGUCGAUGCUUGGAACGAAGGUCAGCGGAAGCGGUUGGAAGUCGACCAAGCGGUCCAUGCUCGCUUUGUCGCGUCUGAGGCACAGGCGGCUGAAGCUCGUAGCCGCGGCGUUGUAGCCGAGCGCCAAGUGGUCGACCGCGCCGAGGCCAGGUCGACUCUGCGAUGGUUGCAAGACGCUGAUCGCGAGUACGCCCAACAAACAACCGAUCGACACCGAGAUCUACUCUACGCCAUGCAUCGAGCGGCGCGAGACCGCGAAUCGCUAGAGAGAGCAACGGAAUCAGCAUUUGAAGCCAUGUUUCACCAGCCACAAAACGAGGAAGAAGCGCAGCAGCCUAAACCACACAUCCAUCGCUUGGCCAGUGACGAGGACGGCUUGAUCGCGACACCUGGCAAAGACGACCAAGAUGAAAUCCCGCGUCCGUUGCCAGCUGUCACCCCGGCGGCCGUUCCGCCACCGGCGCCUGCGCGACGUCUGCAAGGUCGUCCCGUGGACCACCGUCGCGAACGCCCUCUACCACGACGACGUUCGGCGCCCAGCAUUCCAUCGGCGUUGCAUGACCCGCAGAUAGAAACUGGUCGAGAGAGAGGUCAUGCAAGAGAACAAAUCGCGCCGGUCAUGCACCCGUCAUUGCCUGAAGAAGACUUUGAUCGAAUCCUCAUGAAAACGAACGAGACUGCCGUGGCAGCGUGUGACGAUGCCCAACUGAAAGUUGCCGCGAACGCCGACCUGUCCGUAAGCUCACCGAUGCUCAAGCCAGUGAACGUCGAGGACGGCCGAGAAUGCGUUGCCAGCCCUCACGGGUCGGUAUGGAGCAGCCCUCGACGUUGUCAGCCCUUCGAGACAGAUGAAGGCGACGGCAUCGCCACUCCGCCGUGGUCCCCGGCUGUCGCUGUGCUUGAACAACCCGUGGCAAACGAGUCGGACGAUCCUGCGGUCGACGCAGCACCAGCUCGUACGAGUAGUACAGGUGCAGAGUCCCCCGAAACGAGCCAGUCGACGGAGGUACCACCGCAGACAAGCGAAAUUUUGCCCAAGCUGCGUUCGAAAGGCAGCUCGUCGUCGGCCUGUUCUUCUCGGCGCAGUGCCGCGUCCGCAUCGUCCUCCGUGAGGGUUUCCGCGCGUAGUCCUGUCGAUGCAGUAAGGCAUCCGCAGCCGUUUGGCACCAGCAUGAGCAUGGAUGCAAGCGUUGACCCAAGCACACUCGACAACAUGGACGGUCUCCCGCCACCGAGCUCUCCGUCAACCUCUCCGACAAGCACAUCGCUUCCAAUGACCGCUACCGACCAGAUCGUGGACGGCACGAUCGACGGUCCUUCCACCGCAACCAACAUCUUGUCGUCGAGCGAGAUCGUCUCGAGUGCCGAGAAAAAGUCGCCAACUGCCCACGACACUCGUCCUCCGCCCCUUGCUUCCACCAGGUUUUCAUUCAGCUCUAGCGAGUCUCCUUCCAGCGACAAGUCCGUCGCUACUGCGGCAGGAGCCAACGAGCGGCCACCGGCCACGUCUUUGUCUCGAGGCGAUGCGGCUUCACACGGCGGCGACCAUGUCGCUUCUUCCCCUAUAGACUGGACACACGAGCGCUUUCCCAUCACGUUCGACUCGGCUGCUUUCGAGCGACCCCACCCAGCCCUCCACCACGAAUUCUUUGACCAAACGUCGCCGCCCGUCCACUCGACAUUCCGGCAACCCCAUGACUGGCGCUCCAACUCCAGCGACGACCUGCCGUGCUUUGACCUGACCUCGUCGUCGUCGUUCUCGUCCGAAGUCCUUUGGGGGACGGCGGCCGCGGAUGAUGGGCCGUCAUCGCGCCAUGGCAAAGACGACGACGCGGCCUCGUUGGUCGACCCGACGUCGACAGCCGUGCGAACUCCACUCCGAUCGUCGCGAUUCCCAUUGUCUAGCAGCAGCAGCAGUAGCAGUAGCAGCAGCUCCACCCACGCACGACCAAAAGGUCGUGAGUCCCCACUGUCGACACGCCAGCGCCUGCUCGAUCUUCUGGGGUCAUCGUCGUCGUCAUCUUCAUCGUUGUCUGCCAUGUCAACUAGCCAACAACAGGCCCACGACGACGAUGUGGAUUCUCGGAUGCAAUCCACCCUGCGCCGCAUGCACGAUCGUGUGCGGGAAAUGACGGCGGCGAGAUGGCCACUGGCCAUGUCUCGCGAGCACGAACUACAACACGACGAUGAAGCCGUCGGCGGCCUCGCCUCGCCGACCAGGUCCCACGCAGCGAAUGGUCGGCACCAUGUCGACCACUGGGCGCAAAUGGAGAGCGGCGCCGGCCGGUCGAACGACGCCCCACUUGCCAUGCUCCAAAAUGUCGACUUGUCGAUGGAUCUGUCGUCGUCGGUCGAGCCGUCGUCACCAACGUCGUCAUCGGCCAGCGUCACCCACGCAUCCCAGAAGCAAUGGCAACGAUGUCAGGACGUCGAGCCGGCGGCGGUGGAUGCGCCGCUGGUGCUGCAGUGGCUCCAGUGGACCCCGCGUGAAUCUCGAACGCCGUCGCCGCCGCCAGCAAUCGAUCGCCCUGUGGACCACGAACGGAGGAUGCACCGCGUCGACGAACCCGCCGAGGAAUUCCAUCAAGACGGCGCCGCCGACGACUGGCGAGUCCUUUCCACGUAUUCAUUGAGCUCUCACUCGUCUGACGCGACGUCAUCCCGCCACCAUCUUCCGCACUCGCUGCACCGUACAUUCGAACGGUUGAGCGGGCCGACCAUGCCCGACGCGCGAUGGCAUCCCCGUGCGAAGUCGGCGUCCUCACAAUAUGAUGACGACUUGCUCGGUAAGCCCAGCUCUCUCGAGCCGUCUGGAUCGUCGUCUGCUGGGUCGUCGUGCGCCGACGACAUGGCCAUCGUUCAGAAACAGAACAGGAGGAAUGCACACCGUCCUGUUGACCAUCCAAAUGCAGAAGCUGGCACGACCCUUCCCACCUCCCAUCGGCCUUUGCUUGGGUCGUGGGGUCGUGCGCCAAGCAGCAGCAGCUCGUCGGCCUCCUUGCACAAGUCCAUGUCACCAACGACAUCGUCCGUGAAGAGCCCACCAAGUGCAUGGCUUGGCGCUGCUCCGAGCCUCCCAACGACCCCAUGCCCGGCUUCGGCGCCGCCAUCGUCCCCACCCACCCAGGACAAACAUGCCAAGACGCAUCAUUCCACCAUGGAACCACGUCGUUCUCGUCCACAGCACGACCUCGUCCCUCCCGUGAACCCGACGUCCAGUGCCGCGCCAGACCUUCCUCGCAACAUCGCACUCGAGGAUGACACCCGAAGCAGCAGCAGCGACGACAGCCACUUGACGCAUCAAUCGAUCGCCGCCCCAAUCGACGUGCCACCCACCGAAGGGCAUCGCGACUUGAAGGCGAGCUCCCAUGAUCCAUUGCCCGAGUCCAGUCCGUCAAGUGCCCGUCUGCCGUCGCCUUUGUCGUCAGCGUCCGGGGGGCAUGUCAACAUUGCGGAGGAAGUCGCCCUUGUACCACACGACCCCGUGGCGGUCCAACCAAACAGAGACACAACUCCACGAGCUGUCCAUGGCGAGGCUGGGCCUCUCGCUGCAUCCUACAAACCCCACGACCGUUCUCGCAUUCACGCAUCCGAGUGGAGAGUCGAGUUGUUCACUCGUGGCCAUCCCCAACCGAGCGAGUCGUCGGCCGUGUCUAUCGGCACGACGAUGGACUCGAUUCUUGUCGCGGAAUCAACGACCACCCCGCCAUCCCAACUACUUGCAGCGCGUCCACCGUCGUCGCUGGCAUCCCCGUCGACUGCUUCACGUGCGGAAGGACUAGAGGACGCCGCCGCGCAGUCGCACGACGUGUCCUGCGACGUCAUGGACCCACCACACACGGCGCCCGACCAACGACCCCGUUGCGCCAGCCAAGUCCGCCCCAUGGACUCAUGCUUGCCCCCGUGGCACGACUUUGACGAAAGCGACGGUAGCAUCGUCGAGUCCAUGCCAGCCACAAGGACGCUGACGAAGCAGUGCUCGAUGGCCGGCAUGCGUGUUCAUCGCGACGACGAUGACUCAUCGAGCUCGUCGACGCUGCCGUCGCCUCGACCUUUGUUAAACGUGGUGUCCAGGCUGCCACCGAUGCCGCAUCCUCGCAUGGACUUGUCGCGACCGCCGCCGCCCGUGCCGCCGUCGUUCGUGCGCUUACCAUCCUCUGACGACGACGAUAACCACGACGAAGAGUUGUCGCCGCGACCACUGGACGACCCGCCGCCGUUGGCCACUUCGAUUGCGGAUCACCUUCGCCUGCGCAACCCUGGCCUGUACAACCGCAUGGCCCAUCGAAAGCAACUCUUGUACGAGUCCGGUCGGUCGUUGGGACCAAGAAGGAUCCAGUCGGCAAAUUCAGGUGCCGUGCAUGGACGUCGUGACAGCCGAACGUUGUGACUCGUCCCAUGGAAUGUGUAGCAUGGCGGCGCAUGGACAGCCCGGAAAACGAUCGCGCCGCGCGGCCAACGUCCGCCAUGGAACACAUUCUCAUGCCUCCGUCGUCGUCCGAGCCGCGUCGGCUGACCCGAUCUUCGGAGCGGGAGGUCAUUUCUCGUUCGGAAAUGCUCGCGCGAAACCAGCGGCUCUACGCCAAGCUGCCAGAGGUCGUGGAGCGCAAGCGGCAGGACGAGAUCGCGCGGCAGAGAAUGGAUCGGCUCAAGAAGUUCCGCGAAGACGACAAAGCGCGGCGCCAGGCGAAGACAAGUGUCGGCCGACGAUGAAUAUGCCGCGUGAGAUGACGUUUAAACAACCGUCGAUGUCGUUUAAACGUGUUCUGCCAGCCGCGAUUUGGGCGUUAAACACCGCUGCACAGCUACGUUGAAUUGAAUGGAUUGGUUGAC